UUUUAUGCAACGUCAUUGAGUUGCGUCUUUUAAAAUUCAGCUCAUGGCGUUGAGACCUGGGCUAAUCGUGCAUAGAACUUGCUACAUACUUCUCUAUACGCGAGACGCGUAAAAGAAAGAGAUAGAGGAAAAGAGAGAAAGAGAGAAAAGAAAGAGAGAUAGAGAGUUGGGGGCGUUUUGUAGUCGUGCAUGACCUUGCCAUACAUUGUUCCCAAGUACGAUUCGCGGUCGGAGAGAUUAUACAACCAUUUACUAUGACAUAGCUUUACGUAAUUUCUAUUGGCCGCUUUCGAUCCUAUUGCACGAACUUCAAAGUCGAAGAAUCUCUACGUAUAUCGUUGUUUAGAGUCGAUCAGUCAAUAUAGGAUCGAUCGAAACAAGGCCAUCGAAUGUGAUUGCAAGGAUAAUGCUCAUUUGCAGGACUUGCCUAUCAAUAUUGUUUAUCGAAAUUAGAAAGAAAUAAAAGUAGAAAGGAAAUAUUCAAAUGGUAUUCCACGUAGAAAUAGUAUCAUUAUUUAUAUUAGAUUUAUAUAAAUUUGGAAAUAUAGAAUAAUAUGAAAAAACGAAUAAAAAGAAAAAGUAGAAAUUUGUAGUAUGGCGAAAGGAACGUUUCCCUUCGAAGCUUAUCGAUCGAAAAUCGGUCGGAAGAACCAGAGCUCGAAACAAUACCACUUUGCAUUCAUCCUUUCAACGACGAGUGAGAGCGAUUUCGAACGAAUUAUUUCGCAAGGCUCGAACGAGACGGGGCGCGGUUGGAUGUCCCCUAUAAAUUCAUGGCAGGACGAUUCGUCGUCACUCGUUGUCCACUCGUCGAAUCAACAAGCAAAUUAAAAAUGUUCAAGCUCAUUAGCUUCUUCGCCGUCGUAGCAGUCGCGUGCGUAAAUGCCGCGCCAGGCGGAUUAAUCGCAGCCCCAGCGGCGGUUGCGGCAGUUCCUGCACCGAUUGUCACUGCUAGAAGCAGCCAGGUUAUCGCGAGAAAUUACAAUACGUUCGCUGCAGCACCAUUGGCCUAUACCGCAGCUGCCGUCGCAGCCCCAGUAGCCGCACCGGUUGCUUACACCGCACCAGCGGCAGUAGCAGCACCAUUCGCAGCUGCACCAGUGGCAUACACCGCACCAUUCCCAGCGGCAGCACCCUUCGCAUAUGCCGCACCCACUCUCCACGCCGCACCCCUCGUACUUAAAUAAGAACGUCUACUUUCUUCCCUGGCUCGAUUGUGUCUACUGAUCUUAUGUUAGAAAUAUAAAAAAGUUUUUCAUCCUA